CCCUCAUUGGAUUUCAAUCAUCAAACUCACAAAAACUUCAUCUACCUCAGUGUUCACAUCUUCUUACAAUUUACAGACAAUGGCCAUCCGAAAGAUGUUGCGACGAUCCUUAUCCAGUGAAAGAAGAUCGGCAUCCGAAGUUCCCAAGGGACACUUGGCUGUUUACGCCGGGGAAAAUGAAAAGAAGCGAUUUGUUAUUCCGGUGGCGUACUUGAACCAUCCGUCCUUCCAAGAAUUGUUGUUUCAAGCCGAAGAAGAAUUUGGAUUCCAUCAUCCAAUGGGUGGUCUCACUAUUCGGUGCAGUGCCGAUUUAUUCAUCGAUCUCAUGUCUCAAAUGAGCAUAGCAUAAUGCAAACGUGGAUAGUAUAGAUAAACAUACAUGUACAUAGAUUUGUUUCUUCUUUUUCAUGGUUUCUAUCCUUUCUUACACUGAGGAUAUUUUGCCAAGAAAAAGGGCUGAAGCUUUUGUAAGGAAUAUAAUUGUAGUUACACGAAUACAUUACAGAGGAAGAACAAUAUAUAUUCAUCAACCAAA